AUGAUGCGUGAAUCCACUUGGUCAGGUCAUGAUCCAAUGGCGCUUUCUGCAUCGUCCGGAAUGCACCAUCGCGUUUCUGUUGCCGACCCCUAUGCCCUUAAAUCCUCAUGUCCUAACUAUGGUCGUACAGUCGACAUCGGCGGCGCAACAGAUGAUGCUGGUAUGGCUAGCUCAUCGAUAUCCUCACUUCAAGCGUAUGGUGCGGAAUUUUCAUCAUCGAGCGGAGGCAUUGGCAUCGGAGGUGCAACAUUCUAUUCGGAUUACAACUUGAAUUUGAUAGGCACAGAGACUGGCCGAGGUCAACGUAAAUCAGCGAUUGUACCGUUGACGAGCAUUCGACACAAUGACUUCGAUUUGACAACCGAAAGUUCGAGUAUUAACUCGACCGGCAAUCCAUUGCUGCAACUG